AUGACCAAAAAACUCUCCUAUCCCGGUCUCAAAUGCGUUCUCGAGUACUUGGAGGCAAAUCGACGUAUCUACAUCACCGCCCGUAGCCCCGCCCUCCAAAGAGUCGAAAAAUCAAUACCUCUCCAUUUAGAAUUUCUAAAGAUUUGGAAUAAAAUUGAUUUGAACUUUAUGGAAAUGGGAGUGUAUUCUGAUACUAAUAUAGAUAAUCAAAUCAAGUUCACAAUGAGAGGAAAAAAGUACCUUAGGCCAUAUCCAAUGCACCUGACAUACGAGGAGGCAGCCGAGGAGAUGCAUGAGUACUACUUCGGAGGAAGACUGAAUAUUUACACAGAUUAUUUUUGGUUUUUCAAAAGAGAAGUGGAAAAUUAUCCAAAGUUCAUAGUGAAAACUAAUGAAUUGACAGUUUAUGAUUUCCGACUUGACGAUAUAAGACAGGCUAAAUUUCAAAAUUUCAAAAUUUGA